CUGCGCUACGCGUCGUGCUGUCGUGCUCGACCGCUCGCUGGAGUCGCUGGUGUAAGGAAGCACUUGUUGACUGUAAAUAAUAGAAGUGUUGAAAUUUGAAUACAUUUAUCUACGGCAUGUAAAUUGACCGUGCGUCAUGGAUUCUGCAUUCGGACUGCCGUUAAAAAUCAGGUUUUUCUGAAGAGAAAGGAGAAUCCUCCGAAUUCUGUUGAGAAAACUGCUCCUAUUAGCACCGUCGGACGCUUUGUUGAUCAAUCGCGAGAGUCACGAUGGCUGCGAAAGGCAUUCACAGCCUGAGAUUUAAUCAGGAUCAAGGUUGUUUCACGUGCUGCAUGGACUCUGGAUUGAGAAUCUAUAACGUCGAUCCGUUGGUCGAGAAGGCGCAUUUCGAUAAUGAUUUAAUGGGAAGCAUCUCCAUGGCCGAGAUGCUCUGGAGAACAAACGUAAUUGCCGUCGUAGGCGGUGGAAAUCGUGCUAAGUUUGCCGAUAACACGGUUCUGAUCUAUGACGAUCUGUUGAAGAAGUUUGUCAUGGAAGUCACCUUUACCAGUCUCAUUAAAGCCGUCAGAUUACGAAGGGACAAAAUGAUAGUGGCGCUGCAGCGAGAGAUCCACGUCUUUUCCUUUCCUACGCCUGUACGGAGGUUGUUGACGCUCGAGACCAGAGACAAUCCAACGGGCUUGGUGGAAAUAGCGACGUUCGCGACAGCGCAGAGACAAUUGCUGGCCUUUCCCGGUCACAAACUCGGUAGCGUGCAAUUGGUGGAUCUUGGAGCUACCGAAGCUGGUAGCUCCAGUGCUCCCAUUACUCUUUCGGCGCAUCAGGGUGCACUGGCAUGUCUAGCGGUUAAUGGAAAUGGGACUAUGAUCGCGACUGCGUCCGUUCAGGGAACUUUAAUUAGAGUAUGGGAUUCCGUGCGCAGGAGUUUAUUGGUUGAAUUGAGGCGCGGUGCCGACCCGGCCACGCUUUACUGCAUAACGUUCAGUAGAGACUCGGAGUUCUUGUGCGUCUCAAGCGACAAAGGAACAGUGCAUAUAUUUGCCCUAAAAAAUACCAGCUUGAAUCGACGAUCCACUUUUUCAAAUAUGGGUUUUCUCGGUAAUUACGUCGAGAGUCAAUGGGCAUUGGCUACCUUCACAGUACCUCCAGAAUGCGCCUGCGUUUGCGCGUUUGGCACGCACAAUUCUGUGAUAGCUGUAUGUAUGGACGGAACGUUUCACAAGUACGUCUUCACUGCGGAAGGCAAUUGCAAUCGACAAGCAUUUGAUGUUUUCCUCGACGUGUGCGACGACGAAGACUUUUAACACAAGGCCUACUACGUGUGCAUGCGUGCGUGUAUAGUUACAAGACUAUAUACUUUCAACGAAAUUUCUAGUCGGUUUACGAACGAAAUUUCUUAUAUGUGAUAAUUGUACAGGUAAUCGAGUCGCCGAUUACGUAGAAAGUGCACAAGUCAUGGGAAAGUCAAUGUCCCAUAGAGGUCCUCGAGUACAAUCUCUUUUUGUGACUUAUGUACUUUUCGUAAUUAUACAGCUUUAAUAAAUAUUAACAGACAUUUAUUUUAUACAACGAACAACCCA